AUGUAUACCGGUACCAAUGACACGGGUGAUAUCACGGCGGUGGUGUUGAUUCUACAACUCUCCGUCCUGGCACACAUUCUAGAUCUCAUUAUUCGAGUGGAGAGAAUGCCGGCUGUCUGGGAUCACGAGUAUUGGGCUCUCUUGACCAAUGCUUCCUUCACUCUCUCGUUUCUCCCCCUGCUAGUACUACCGGUACUAUCAUCAUCACAGGACAUUGUCAUGUCCACUCUGAGUCAACUAGAAUCCAACUUUUUGUCUUUGGUACAGUCUCAAUUUGGAGUCUUCUACUUGGCAGCUACCUUCUGGAAACUCAAUGCAAGCUUUCUCAACACGGAAACCUCCUGUGGCACCAUUCUCAUUCUAGAACUGCUGGUGACGUACACACCGCCUUCGCUCGUUGCCAUUAUGGAUUGGACUACGGUGGCCAAGGCAGCGCCCUAUCUCACCCUGUUGGUGGAACUCAUUCUGGGACUGGGUAUGCUCUACAUUCCAUGGGCCAAGAAACGACACAACACCAAUCCUUCUGCCGCAACUGUCACUCGAGAUCGUUGGAUUCGAAACAUGACUGUCGUCAAGGCCACGGCAUUUCAUAUCCUCAUCUUUAUGAUGCCCGUCAAUUCCGCCGGAGGAUUCUCACUCGAAUGCCUGUCUCGCUUCAUUUGGUUCUUUGACUCGGAGGAGGUUGAGGCGGCCAUGGUUUCUGCCAAUUGUGCUACCUAUUGGAUUCGAGCCACCAUGAUUUCCCUCGGAAUGAUUGCUCUACGGCAAGUGGCCACAGAAGCCCCCUUUGAUGUGGGCUUCUUCUUUGCCGGAUUGUUGGGAGUCUUUUACAGUACACUCGUCGUCAAGGCAUCGUCCACUACUACGACACCCGUCCACAUCUCUACCACUGCCAAGUCCACCCAUAAUAAUGGUGCCCAGUCUGCCGGUACCAAUAAUGGCAAUGGCGUCACAUCUUCCACAAAGCAACCAUCGUCCUCUCCUUCACGUACUACCUAUUCUCGCCUGGUCAUGUCAUUCAUGAUGAUUCUGUCUAUCCUCUACGCCUUUGUGGGACCCAUUUUGGGAAUCCAGCAAAUGGGGGCACCCACCAUGUACGCCAAUCUACGAAGUUACAACGGAGGCAAUCACUACUUGGUGCCCACCGCCAUUCUCGGAGAGAAUCUCUUGUACGGUGGUGGAUUGGUCAAAGUCAUCGAGUCCAACUCGACCGCCAUCAAUCUCUUGGUCGGGUACAUGGAUGCUCGCGUUGCCUUUCCGUCGCAAGUUGUAAAUGUCCUCCAACCACUCAUUCGUCACAAUAAUACGGCUACGACAACCACGACGAACGCGACCGCGACAACAACGCCUUUGCAGAUCUUUCCCAUGUGCCUGUUCAAUCCGCACUCGAGAAAUGUUCUCAUGGAUCUUUACCUACAAUCCAGCUAUAACCAGAACCCCCCACAAUUGUUUGUGCCGUUCCUCUACCCCAUUUCCGGAUUCCGAAAAACGUUGGAGCAAGCCAUGAAGAAUCAAAACGAAGUGUUUCAAAUCAAAGUACAAGUCGUGCAAGACAACAACAACAACGGCGACGAUAGUGUCAUCAUUCGGUUGACCAGUGACGGAACCUGCGAGAUACUAAUGAUGGUGGGUAAUUAUAAUAAGACGACAAAACCUUGCAAUGAUGACAACCAGAUUGCCAGGAUGUUGCUACAACCGUAUUCCAAGGAACGAUCCCUCUGGCAAAUGUUGCUCGACAAAAUCUUGACACCCUAUCCAGAGCUCGUCGGGUUCCGUGACGAGAUUUGCAUGGCCUAA